UUGGACAACAUCAAACAAUAAAUUAAAAUACACCCUUUGUUUAGGGCUUCCUCUCUGCACAAGUGUGCAAAAAAUUUUCCCUCGUCUCUCUUCUUCUCCUAUUGCAGACCCUUCGGACCUCAUCGGAGCUCCAUUUCCGGCCGCUCUCUCUCUACUCCUUCAAGUACUCUCUCUAUCUCCUUAUAUAUGGAGCUUUAGAAUAUUUGCAUCGGCAAAAUUUUGGCAUAAAAAGAAUCUAACUCUGUUGAAUUAUGGUGAAAUCUGCUAAGUCUCACUUUGACGAAGAAGAUGAACCCGACGGUUACGACUCCUCUUCCUACAAAGGUGACGCAGCGAAGAUAGAUGGUAAGAGCAGUGAACAGAAGGUGAGUACGCACAGGUCCAAGCAUUCAGAGACAGAGCAGCGUAGAAGGAGCAAGAUUAAUGAGAGGUUCCAGAUUUUGAGAGAUCUUAUACCUCAAAAUGAUCAGAAAAGAGAUAAGGCUUCAUUCUUGUUAGAGGUCAUAGAGUACAUUCAGUUUUUACAGGAAAAGUUACAGAUGUAUGAGGGGCCAUACCAAGGUUGGAGUCAAGAGCCAACAAAAUUGACACCCUGGAAAAAUCACAAUCUGCCUGGUGUAAUGGAUCAUUCUCAAGUAUUGAAUAAUGGUUCUACUCAUAAAACUACUGCCAUGCUCACAAAUGUAAAUAACUCGAUUGAAUCUGUCCUGGGAACCACUGCAGUUCCAUUUAAUGUUCAAGUGCAGUCAAAUAUGUUUGCUGCUGUAGGGAGUGGGGGUGUAAUUGCUCAGCCUGUGCUGGAGUCUGUUUCUGAUGCUGAGAAUAUGGCAUAUCAACAAGAAUCUCAACUGUGGCAGGGUCAACCUUGUGCUACUGAGUGUGCCUCUCCAAACAAUACAUUGAAUGGACAAGAGGAGCCGAUGAUUGAAACUGGAUCAAUUAGCAUCUCAAAUACAUAUUCUCAAGGGAUACUGGAUACUUUGACCCAAGCACUACGAUCUUCAGGUGUGGAUUUGACUCAGACAAACAUCUCGGUGCAAAUUGAUGUUGGCAAACAAGGAAAUAGGGGAGCAGCUAUUGUGGUAUCGAGUCCAAAGGAUCAAGAAAAUCUGUAUUUUAACAAUCAGGUGAUGGAACAAACUGGAGUUGGGAGUCGAAUGGAAGACACUGAUCGAGCUCAUAAGAGACUGAGAACAGAAAAGAGCUAGUGUAUCAUUGUGGUUUAAAUUUCAUCUUUCUGAUUUCUUCAUUUGGUGCCUAUUUUGGGAAUGGUGAGGUUUUCGAUAUGCCGUGGUCCAGAGACAACUAAGUCAAGACCAAUUGUACAUGUUUAAUUGUCUAAUUUUCUUGGUUUCCCUGGUUGCGUGGAUGGAAUCUCCUAUGAUGGGGCAGGGGGAAAAAUUAAAUGUGUUAUGUAUAUUCUUUUAUUGGCAGCACUUAUUUCAUACAGAGGCUUCCAUGCACAUAAUGAGAAGCUGUUUUACAUCUUUCAA